UAAUAAUUUUUCGUUAUCCAAAUUCAACUCAUAAUAAACGUGGUACUUUAAAACAUCCGUGCAAAAGAAUUUGAACACAUCAUGUCAUUGCUUUCGAACUCAGCGUCGUUAUAUUAGUUUCUAAUCUAAUCGAUACGAGCACUUGGCACAUAGAAAUGAUAUAAAAAAAUCGAGUACGAUUUUACCGCCAUAAAAGCAAUCGCCGUUAAAUUACUGUCCCGAUGAUGCAUAGCUGCAGGUUUGCCUUCUUGUUUGCCACCAUUUUGGUUGCGGCCGGCUCCAAAUUACAUCCCCUAUCAGAUGAGUAUGUCGCGGAAAUCAAUCGAAAGCAUACAACAUGGAAGGCAGAGCGAGUCUUCGACGACUGGGAUACUUUCAAAAUGAUAGCAUCGGGCGUGGUCAAGCGUCCACUCUCAGAACGGACUAACUACAUUUACUCCUUCGAAGAAGACAGCGAGAUUCCCGACUUUUUUGAUGCCGCGGAAGCUUGGCCGAAAUGCGAAUCUAUCAAGCAAAUCAGGGAUCAAUCCAAAUGUGGUGCCUGUUGGGCUUUCGCUGCAGUGCAAGCCAUGUCGGACAGAAUUUGUAUCCACUCAGGACAAACCAAGCAGGUUUACAUUUCUGCCCAGGACUUGUUGACCUGUUGCGAGCGCUGUGGUGACGGAUGUUUUGGAGGUGAUCCAUUUUCUGCUUGGGACUAUUGGUGGUCCAAUGGUAUUGUCACAGGAGGGUUAUACAAUGCCGCAGAUCAGGGCUGCAAGUCGUACUUCCUGUCGGAAUGCGAUGACCAUCCAAACAAAUGCAGAGACUACGUAGGGACGCCGCAGUGUGUGAAGACUUGCGACGAUAGGAGCCGCAGCUACAACGACUCCCUUGCUUUCGGGGAGUUAAUAAAAGUGUUUAUCAAAGAAGAGGACAUACAAAGGGAAAUUAUGAAUAACGGACCCGUGGAAGCUACGUAUACAGUCUAUGAGGACUUUGCCAGUUACAAGAGCGGCAUUUACCAACCGACUACCGAUGUCGAGAUAUCAUCUCAUGCCGUAAAAAUCGUCGGGUGGGGAGUAGAGGAUGGAGUUAAAUAUUGGAAAAUCGCCAAUUCUUGGAACACGAGAUGGGGGGAAGAUGGCUACUUCAGGAUGAUCCGCGGGGUGAACAGUUCGGCAUUGAACAUAACGUCGUCGCAGGGACUCCUAAUGUAUAUUAAAUCACAUCGGCAAUGAGAGCUAAACCAAAAACAGUUGACACAAGUUAUGCCUUUAACCUCCUUAAAAAUAAAGACCAAACCAAGAAAUUGUAGUGGAAUUUUAUUAACAUAACUUAUCCGCACGAGAUUUUACUGAAACUUAACGGUGAAUGGAGAUUUUGAACGGACAACACUUAUUAUCACGCCUGGCAUCAUCAAUCAAAAUCCUUCCAAAUAUCUGAUAUUUA